AUGAAUGGAAUGGUGCUGGCUAAUAUGAGGAGAGAACGUGGGCUGCAUAAUGUGACAUGCAAAGUGCUGGGACUUACAUGGGGUGUUUGGGAUGAACAGAUAUUCACCCUGUGCCCAAAUAUUAUCCUUGGAGCUGAUGUCCUAUAUGAAACAAGUGCAUUUGAUUAUCUUUUUGCUACUGUGCCAUUUCUGCUCCAGAAUUCUCUCUCUUCGAUUUUUAUAACAGCUCACUACAACAGAAGUGGGCAUCACCUGAUUGAGUUAUUGAUGGUUAAAUGGGGAUUGAAGUGCAUGAAGCUUCUAUAUGCAUUUUCAUUCAUGCCAGCUGACAAGGCAUCUGGAUUAAGUGGGAAUAUACAGUUGGUAGAUAUAAUUUUGGAUAAUGACAAACUAAGUUAA